AUGUCCUUUAUUCAAUCUUCUUCUUCCUCCUCGUCCUCAGCCUCGUCCUCUUCGUCUUCAUCCUCUUCUUCCCCAACAACUAAUUUGCCUGUUUUUGGUCCGAAAACGGCACAAGAAUCGGCUAAAGAGGUCGCAGAAGCCCGACGCAUUGCUGAACAGCGUCGUGCUUCUGAGCAAGAACGUUCGAUAAGAAGAAAUGAAAUUAUUCGAGGAAUAAUCAGCCGAAGAGAACAGACUCUUACAGCUCGAAGGCGUCUUAUGUUUGAAGUUGUUAUUCCCGAUUUCGAUGAUGUGGAUUCUGGGGAUGAAGAAGAGUAUUCCUCUGAUGAGGAUUCGGAUGAUGAGAGCCUCAUCAAAAUUCCUAGGGCUGCCACAGCAAAUGGAAGAAUGCGUCAAAUUCAACAAUUGGGGCGCCGGCGGGAUUCAAACAGAAAAAUAACAACGGAUGAACCUCUUCAGUGGUUUGAGCCUGAAAAGAAGAUCCCUGAGAAACAGGACAAAUGCCAUGGAUGUUGGGAAGAUGGUUGCGCGUCCAUUAUUUGUUAUGGAAUCUGUGGCCAUCUUUCGUUCUGUGAAGUGUGCGCCAAUAAGGCUUGUAGGGUUGCUUUUGGAGAAAAUUUUUAUCCUGUAUGUCCCCUUUGUCGUUUACAGACUCCCUUUUUUAAAACAAUUUCUGGCAAAAUUUGUAGGGGAAAUAAUUAAAUUUUGAAAAAUUAAGCGGACAGACAUUUUCGGAGGGAAAUAAUUUUUAAAUAUCUUCGAUUUUGAAAGCAGUGAACUUUAGGAUGGAUUUUUAGUCACGUUAUCUUUUUCCUAUUUAAAAUGAGAUAAAAAAGUGUUCACUGUUAUUAUUUAAAUGUCUGUACGCAAAUUCUUCUCUUUUCGUUUUGUAUUUUUCCUAAACACUUAAUUCGACUAAUAUUACCCCUAAUUAUGACUUAUAUUCACUUAUUUAGAUACGAUAGUUGUAUUAUUUUAUUUUAUAUUUUAUUUAAUUUAUAUUUCAUUUAUUUUCUCUAUUUAUUUCCUUUUAUUUUAUUAUUUUAUAUUAUAUUUUCUCUAUUAUUAUAAUUUAUUUUCUGUUUUUAAGAUUUAAACAUGAUUUAUUUUUAUUUAUUU